AUGUAUGCUGGAAUUACAGAUAGAAUUUAUAAGGAAAUUACAGCAUUAGCACCAUCUAGCAUGAAAAUUAAGGUUGUCGCCCCUCCAGAACGCAAAUAUUCUGUCUGGAUUGGUGGUUCUAUCUUGGCUUCACUUUCAACUUUCCAACAAAUGUGGAUUAGUAAACAAGAAUACGACGAAUCUGGUCCUUCUAUUGUUCAUCGCAAAU